AUGGCUGAUUUGAGAGAACUUCGAUCCAGGAACCUCCUGGCUCUCUCUUUGUUCUCCUACAUCCUGCUCACCCUGGAUGUCCACGCACGUCCGGCCAACAUGUCGUCCUCCAAGGAUAAGUCUGCGGCCACUAAGGACGAGAACGAGAUCCUUCCACCAGACCACCUGAACGGAUUAAAGAUGGAGAUGGACGGCCACCUGAACAAGGACUUCCACCAGGAGGUGUUCCUGGGGAAGGAGAUGGAUGAGUUUGAUGAGGAUUCAGAACCAAGGAGGAACCGGAGGAAGCUUAUAGAGAUUUUUACAAAAGUCGACGUCAACAAAGAUCGGAGUGUGAGUGCUAAGGAGAUGCAACAAUGGAUCAUGGAGAAGACGAAGGAGCACUUCAACGAGGCCAUGAAGGAGAACAAAAACAGUUUCCAGGCCGUUGAUCCAGACGGAGACGGUUUUGUUACAUGGGAUGAAUACAAAAUCAAGUUUCUGGCCAGCAAAGGUUUUGAUGAAAAAGAGAUUGCUGAUAAAAUAAACAACAAGGAGGAGCUAAAACUGGACGAGGAGACUCAGGAGGUGUUGGAGAGCCUGAAGGACCGCUGGUUCCAGGCCGAUAAUCCGCCUGCUGAUCAGCGGCUGGAUGAGGAAGAGUUCCUGUCCUUCCUCCACCCUGAACACAGCAAAGGGAUGCUCAGAUACAUGGUGAAGGAAAUAGUGCGAGACUUGGACCAGGACAGCGACUGGAAACUGACCCUGUCAGAGUUCAUCUCUCUACCCGUGGGCACAGUGGAGAACCAGCAGGGCCAGGACAUCGACGACGACUGGGUCAAAGAGAGGAAGAAGGAGUUUGAGGAAGUCAUCGACUCGAACCACGAUGGGAUCGUGACCAUGAACGAACUGGAGGAAUACAUGGACCCAAUGAACGAGCACAACGCCCUGAACGAGGCCAAGCAGAUGAUCGCCGUGGCGGAUGAGAACCAGAACCGCCACCUGGAGCUGGAAGAAAUCCUCAGGUACAGCGAAUACUUCACCGGCAGCAAGCUCAUGGAUUACGCCAGAAACGUGCACGAAGAAUUCUGAACACUGAAAAGACUUCUCCACACGCGCCACCUCCGAGAUCUGCUUCAGGGACGUGGUGACGUGGCGUUCUACUGUCCGGUUUCCUGUUAAGUCCAUCAGCUCCCCCUCCCAACAUGAAAGCUAACGCGGCCUACAAAUCAUUCACAAACAGAAGAGGAUUUUUGGGUAUUACUCUCCAGAAUUGUGAAAUGUGUGUAUAUGAUGAAGUUUAGCUCAGACGAUCCGGUUUGUUUUGGCUGGUGCAGCCAUUUAACCAGCCUGUCUGUAUUCACUGUAAAUAUCUAUAUUUGUUCUAUAGAGAUACAGCGGUGCUGGGUAAGCUUUAGAUAGCCAGUCUCAUUAAUUAGUCAUUCCUCAAUCCAGCUUAUCAUUUUCUAAAAUAAAUUUGAUUGCAGCAAUAUUCAGAUUGAUUUGAAAUGUUAAUAUUCCCAGAAGCUGUGUGAUGUUCAUUACAUAGAUCCUCAUUCAAAGCUCAUUGGCUUGGACUAGUUAUUUGCACAAAGAAAUUAAUAUAUGAGUGGUUCGAUGAACAUAAAGUAACGGGUUUCACUGAUGACCGAACCGCACCUGAAUGCAACACGGCUGUUCCCUUUGGACAGCAAGCAGCUCGUCGUCUGUGUUUUUAUUCAUGUGGAUGAAGAUGGAUUUUAUUUAUUGACCUGUUUCAACUUUGAAUGUUCAAAUGCCUUGCACAUAUCUACUGCAGGUGUCCUUGUGUUGGUUUCUAAUAAUUAUUUCGGUUCGUGUGGAUUUUAUUUGGUAGUUCUGUUUCUUGUUUUUACAUGCAUGGAGAAAAGAAAAAUCAAAGGUAUUUGUGGAACAUCUGGGAUCCGACUGCUUUCUUUGCUUUUCUCGGUCUGAUUGUAAAAUAAUAUUUCUAAAACAGAAUGUGACGGCUUUAUAAAAUGUUCUACAGGUAAACAGGAGAACAAUAAAUGUU